AUGGUUGUAGCUGCUAGAGAAGAGGAAUUAUCAGUUGGCUCUGAUAUUUCCUGGGAGAAUGUGGCAUCUUUCAUUCCUUGUUCACUGGUUGAUACUGAGCUUAUGUCUCCUAAAUCAGCUUUUAUUAGUGCUGCAAAAAAGGCAAGAUUGAAGUCCAAUCCUGUCAAAGUGCGCUUCUCAGAAGAAGUAAUUAUCAAUGGCCAGGUUUCGGAAACAGUUAAGGACAAUUCACUUCUUUUCAUGCCAAAUGUUCUGAAGGUGUAUCUUGAAAAUGGACAAACCAAAUCUUUCCGGUUUGACUGCAGCACUUCAAUAAAGGACGUCAUCUUAACACUCCAAGAAAAGCUUUCCAUCAAGUGUAUUGAACACUUUUCCCUGAUGCUGGAGCAGAGGGUUGAAGGAUCUGGAACGAAACUCCUUUUGCUACAUGAACAGGAGACUCUAACUCAGGUGACCCAGAGGCCAAGCUCGCAUAAGAUGAGAUGUCUUUUCAGGAUUAGCUUUGUCCCAAAGGAUCCCAUUGAUCUCUUAAGAAGAGAUCCAGUUGCUUUUGAAUAUCUCUAUGUACAGAGCUGUAACGACGUGGUACAGGAAAGAUUUGGACCAGAACUGAAAUAUGACAUUGCCCUACGACUGGCUGCAUUACAAAUGUAUAUUGCAACUGUGACCACCAAACAAACUCAGAAAAUCUCCCUCAAAUAUAUAGAAAAAGAAUGGGGAUUAGAAACUUUUCUUCCAUCUGCCGUGCUGCAAAGCAUGAAAGAAAAGAACAUAAAGAAAGCACUUUCACACCUUGUCAAAGCAAAUCAAAACCUAGUUCCUCCGGGUAAAAAGCUGUCUGCUCUGCAAGCCAAGGUGCAUUAUCUAAAGUUCCUCAGUGAUCUACGGUUGUAUGGAGGGCGUGUUUUCAAGGCAAUACUAGUGCAGGGAGAAAAGCGUUCAGAAGUGACUCUGUUAGUAGGGCCGCGGUACGGAAUCAGUCAUGUGAUAAACACCAAAACAAACCUGGUGGCUCUCCUGGCAGACUUCAGCCAUGUGAACAGGAUUGAGAUGUUUACAGAAGAUGAAACCAGUGUUAGAGUUGAGCUGCAUGUCUUAGAUGUGAAA